AGACAGUUUGACUGUAGGCCAAACGACAACUGUUAAAUAUUCACAACGAAGGUGCCGACAAUUGUGGUAAUUGUUAUUUCCUUUCAUUUAUGUUGCAUAGAUUCCAUGUAAUUUAAUUACCCUGUACUGUCAAAGUUAUAUUCGCAACGGUGCAAUAGUUUAUCAAUAGCGAGUCCUUAUUGGCUGGAAAAAUAACAAUUAAAGUACAAACAUAUAGACCAAAUCAAACAAUCUUUGUACUCAGUGAGAUGUAACACAAAUGCGAGAAGAUUCUUAAUCAAUUAACAAUGCACCCGGGUAAAGACAUUUCACCUCCGCCAGCUGUCUCGAAAAACGUCAUAAAAAAGGCAUAUAGAUUUCUUUAAGGUCCUCAUAACACCCAAGUUUGACUAUACCAAGCUCGAACCAAGCGCCCGUUUCAAUAGGAGGAACUCACCAUGAACCUAACCAGGAAUGUUACUCUAGACAAGCAGAACUGCUUUUUUCUGGAGGAUUUGCAAUCGGCGGGAAGUCUGAAAAUAGUUUAUACUGUAAACUGCAUUCUGAAUUCCAUAUUUGCUAUACCGGCGGUGGUCUGUAACGCCUUAGUGAUCUACGCCAUAUGGAAGAAAAAAACACUGCAUAGACCAGCAAGUCUGCUGCUGUGUAACUUGGCACUUUCGGACCUGGCGGUGGGACUUAUUGCCCAACCUUCGUACAUCGUUUACAAAGUCGCCGACAUGCACCAGGUUUUCUCGGUGUAUUGUGUUUUCGGGAUGAUUUCUGAAACCUUCGGCUUCCUUCUUAUUUGUGUGUCCUUCAUAACAGUAGUUUUUAUCUCAUUAGAGAGAUACUGUGCUUUGUGUUUCCACCUCAAGUACCAUUCGAUUGUCACGAACUCAAGAACUCUGGCGGCUAUUUCCUUGCUUUGGCUUGCUUCAAUAUUUUACCCUAUUUCAAGAACGUUAUCAGAUGUUUUUUCGCGUUACAUCAUGGUCUCGUUAUUCUGCGUGAGUCUCUGUUUAUUGUCAUUUGUUUACUGGAAAAUGUUCCGGAUUGUGAAAAAACACAAAAUGCAAAUACGAGCGCAUAGUAUCGUUUCUAGCCCAGCCGAACGAAUUGACGGUCAGACCUUGUCCAGGAAAGCCAUGCUACAAAACAGAAGGUCCACCUCUACCAUGUCCCUUCUAACGGCAGCCAUCUUACUAUGCUACUGCCCUCAUCUCUGCGUCUUUGCGGUAAGGGUGAUAACCGGUCUCACGACAAGUACGAAAGCUGCUAUAACCAGUACAAUUUCGAUUCUGUUUAUUUCGUCAUCUAUAAAUCCUGUGCUGUAUAUAACGCGGAUUAGAGCUGUGCGAAUGGCGCUGUAUGAAGUCAUUGGCAAAGCCAAUACAGCGGAGAAAUGACUGGAUGCCGACAACAGCAGAAAACAAUGGAAAAUAGAAAAAGUCGGACGUGAAAUCUAUUCUGUCUUUUCUUUUACUUUUAGCCGAUUUUCCAUAAAAAUAUAUCUCGCAUUAUUUUCCGUUUUCCGUUCGCUUAGGACAAAAUAAC